UGGGGCCAGCUGCCGACGGUUUCACCGUCACAAACCGUCGUUCCGUCGUGUGUUGACCAUCAUCGCGGGCGUGUUCAUCCACCGAGCGACCCAUCAUGUCGACGCCGAAACCGAUCCUGAAUGCGGAAAAUCUCGCCCUCACCAACAAGCGCAUCGGCGAGCUGAAGAAGAAGGUGAUGCUGGCCGAGGGCCAGAAGAAAGCGUACACCGAGGAGUGGAACGACAAGAAGAAGGCCCAGAACGACCGGAUGGCCGAGCUGCGGAAGGAGGUGCGGGACCUCACGAACAAGCUGUCCUACCUGCACAACCCGACCAGCGCCAAGGCUCAGAAGAACGUGCAGGAGAUCAAGCGGCGCGUACCGUUGCCACCCGGUGCCAAGUCGGUCGCGGACGCGCUCCGCAUCGUCGACCUCAAGGUGAUCGAUCUGCACAAGCAGACGGACGUGGCCGAGGACCGGAUGCGGAAGCGGGAGCGCCACUUCAAGCAGCUGGUCGAGCAGUACCAGGCGCUGGUCGGCUACCGGGACGCCAAGUGCGACGGCUCGAACCCGCCGGAAACGAUCGAGGAGGACGCGAACCGGAAGCUGAUCACGCGGCUGGAGAACGAGAUCCACCGCACGACGGUGCAGUGGAUGGAGGCGGAGCACAUCCGGAAAAAGUACCGCGGCAUCAAGUCGUCGCUGAUGCGCGACGCGGAAAAGUUCGAAAGCUCACUGCUGGAGCUGGAGCAGGCGAUCACAGAGCAGCAGGCAGAGAUCAACAAGCUCGAGGAGGUGCACAAGGAGGCGGUCCAGAUGCGGGACAGCACCAAGACGAUACUGCAGCGGCAGGAGCAGACGACGCACUACUCGAACAAGGCGCGGGAAAAGCAGGCACAAGACUUCCGCCGCCAGGUGGAGGAGCGGAAGCUCGAGCUGGAGCGGCUGGAGCGGAAGAUCUUCUCGUCGGGCAAGACGCUCAUCCACCAGGAGAGCAUCCUGUCCGGCUCGGGCGAGCACGGGCGGGUAGGCGAGGGCGGGGACGACGGGAGCAGCCUGCACGACAAGGACGGCGCAUCCGAGAUGGAGCAGAAGUUCAAGAAGCUGAUGCAGGCGACCGGGGUCAGUGCGGCGGGCGAGGUGGUGGAUCGGUUCCUGGCCCAGAGGGAAGCGUCCGCCCGCCUCACGUACCUGCGGACGGUGACGGAGAACGAGAAGAAGCAGCUGGAGGCGCAGCGCGAGCUGAUGAAGGCCCAGCUGGACGCGUUCAAGUUUGCCGACGUGAAGGACAGUGAUGUCAACCAGGAGGAGCUGGAAAAGAUCAAGAACUCGAUCGAGGAGCAGAAGCAGCGGCGGGAAGAAUGCGACAAGGCGAUCGAGUACACGCGCAACGUGUUCGACACGAUCAAGGAUGCGCUGAUCGAGCUGCUGCUGAAGCUGCGCGAGAUCGAGGAAAGCCUCGACACGGCCUCGCCGUACGGCCGCCGGACGCCGCUCAAGCCGGCCGAGCUGAAGGACAUCACCUCCGGGAAGCUGGCGGUCGAGGAGCUGGGCAAUCUGCUCGAGGAGCGCAUCAAGCUCGGCCUGAUCGCGAGCGGCCAGCUGACGGCAGACGCCGACAGCGGCCUGUCCGAGGACGAGGGUGAGACGGACCGACCAGUACCGGCCGGGGUUACUGUGUCGCCGACCGGUGCGUCGACCAUCACUCCAGCGCCGGCCACGCCGACCGCGCUGCAGCAACUGUCGCCGGGUCCUGGCGUUGCAGCCGCUGCGUCGGCAGCGCCAGCAUCGGCCGCCGGAAGUAGCAGCGCGCUGUCCACCUCGUCGCCGGCGGAGGAUCGCGAAAAGCCACCGGCCUACCCGCCGGUGUACAUGAACCUGAUCGCGGGCCGCACCACCACCCAGAUCUCGUCCACCUCACCCGGCCAGGGCACGACCGUGGUGCUGUCGGACGACGAGGGCGACGUGCCGUCCCGCAGCUAUCUCAAGCGGCAGGCGAACAUGAUCAUUGAGGCCAAGUCGCGGCGCAAAGGCUUCCGGAUGCCGGUACCGAAGCGACGCUAAGGCGGCGACUCGUUUUCGGACUUCUUUUGCUGCUGAAGAACGAUCCAGACAAAAUCAAUAAAUAAAUAAUCGCGUACGCGUGCUGUUUCGUUU